AUGUACUACGCCCGCGCGUUCGAGCGCUGCGCGGUGGCCGUCCAGCAGGAGUCACCGUCCUGGGCCACUGGGUCGCUACCCUGGCCAGAUCCGGCUCAGGGUCAGCCUGCUCAGGCUUCCGUGACACCCCUCGCCGCGACCGCGGUGCGCCCGUUCCGCCGGCUCACCUCGGCCGAGCUACUCGAGCGUCGUCGCCAAGGGUUCUGCUUCAACUGCGACGAGCCCUACACGCCCGGCCACGCCUGUCUCUGGACCACGUGGAGCUCAUGUUCGGCCAGCGCGGCCCGGGUGUGCCGCUCCUGGUACGACGCCGUGUGCGAGCCCGAGCUGUGGCGCCGCGUCGACAUGUGCGGCCGCUCCCGGCGCUUCCGGGAGACGGUCAGCCUCAACAAGGUGACGCAGCUCUCCAUUUGGUUCAGCGCCGGACAGUGCCGGGAAUUCUUCGGCCAGCAGGACCUCGACAACGACCUCCUCCUCUUCCUGGCCGACCGGGCACCCUUACUGAAGAGCCUUCAUCUUACCAAGUGUUGUGAUGUAACCAGCAAAGGAUUGACAGAUGCAAUAAAGAAAUUCCCUUUGUUGGAGGAGUUCGAGCUUUGUGAAUGUGAGAGAUAUGACACAUGGGUCUUUGAGGUUGUUGCCGCGGCUGAAGCACUUCAAACAUUUCAAUGAUAGAGGAUAUUCAUGGUAUAAUUGGGGACGGGAUCUAUACCCUGUCGACAACCGCGAAGCCUUGGCAAUUGCAAGGAUGCAUGAGCUACGGUCCCUGAAGAUUUUCCUCAGUGGCCUCGACAACCAAGGGUUGACAGCCAUCCUUGGCGGCUGCCCUCACCACGAGUCCCUUGACAUACGCUAUUGCGGCAACAUAAUCAUGGACAGCAGCAUGCGAGCAAAGUGUGCCCGUGUCAAGAUGAAGAAGGUGUCUCCAUAUGCGCCAACUGAUGACUGGGUGUGUCCUCGGUCUGGCAUCCAUGAUGACUCCAUCGAUGAUUCUUCCAAGUAUUUCGAGCCUGGCAGCCCUGUUAGUAGAUGUCAUUCUCAUCAGGAUAGUUAUUGGUGGUAUCGCAGCAAUGGUGAAGAGUCUGACUGUUGGUUUUUCAAUGUGGAGCCUUGUGACUCGGAGGACUAUCAUUCUCGCUUCUUUAGUGGUGCCGAGGAGACCGAGUUUGAGCACUGGAGAAUCUGAAGGACUGGUGCACACAACAUUUGGAUGUUCUGAUGGAAGUGCCCCGGCCAGGCCAUAUGCUUUCUUGUUCUGAUUUUGGCGGUGAUUCUGGUUGUGGUUCACCUCUCUGCAUGGAGUUUGAAUCUUGUUUAAUUUCUGCAUACAAACCUAUGUAAUAAAUUUGAAUUGCCCAGAAUGUAUAAAGCUCAGAGAAAUAAAAGAGGUCGGUGAUGUUUCACUUGAGUUUGUAUGGAAGAAUCAGAGGAGGCAAGAAAAACACAACGGAGUUUGAAUCUUGUUUAAUUUCUGCAUACAAACCUAUGUAAUAAAUUUGAAUUGCCCAGAAUGUAUAAAGCUCAGAGAAAUAAAAGAGGUCGGUGAUGUUUCACUUGAGUUUGUAUGGAAGA